AUGGCUGAGUACCCACCCGACCAAGACGGCCGCGGCGGCGCCCGGGACUCUGAGUCCCUCCCUGGGACGCAGCGGGGGGCAGGGACUGUCGACAAUUGGGCCGUGCGGUUCGGUGAAGAACCUCAUCUCCUUAUCGUGUGCCAUCUUAACAGGAUGUUCGCUCAGGAUAACCUGAUCUGUCAGGAACAAGAGGUGGACAUGUGA